CUCAACUCUCCGACGCUCCGACUCCUCAGCUUCGCACGCUGAAUUCUCCUCUCCACUCGAUCUCUCCUGUGCCACCCCUUCACAAUGGCAGCACGCAGCGCCGCUCUCAAGAUUGACUGGGCCAAGGUCACCACCUCCCUUGGCCUCCGCGGGCAAACCGCCGCUUCCCUGCAGGCGUUCAAGAAGCGUAACGAUGACGCCCGUCGCAAGGUCCAGGUCUUGUCUGAACUCCCUCAGACCGUCGACUUCAGCUACUACCGCCAGGUCCUGAAGAAUCAGGCUAUUGUCGACGAGAUCGAGACCCACCUCAAGAACUUCAAGCCCGCUACUUAUGAUGUUAGCCGUCAGCUGAAGGCUAUUGAUGCCUUUGAGACUCAGGCUAUCAAGAACGCUGAGGAGACUAAGGGCAAGGUUGAGUCUGAGCUGCGUAGCUUGGAAAAGACCCUGGAGAACAUUGAGACUGCCCGGCCAUUCGACGAACUCACGGUGGACGAGGUUGCUGCCGCCCAGCCCGAGAUCGACGAGAAGACCGCUUCUUUGGUCUCUCGCGGCAAGUGGAUGCCGCCUGGCUACAAGGAGCGCUUCGGAGAUCUCUCUGUCAUUUAAAUAUCGGAAACUUUGUCUCGCGUUUCCGCUUUUUCCCUCCAACCAGUUUGAUCGCACCGAGAAUUUCAUCACUGGAAUUAUAGGGUCAUCCGGUUUUCCGUCUGCAUGGUCUCGCGGUGCGCUGCUGGUAUUCCAAACGUGUAUAGCAGAAUUUAUUGAAUAAUAGGAUGGUUUUCCUGUGCCUUGGUGUUGUAUUUCUUCCUUCCGACAUCCGGAUGAGCCGCAGCUGCGUGUGGACGCACUGUGGCUGCUGACGUAUCCAUAUUGAGAAUAUUAGUAGUUCAUAAAGUCCUGCUUUCAUUGCGUCAAGAUUGUAGACGAAGCAAAUUUGUCUGGUCAUCGGGUAUAUUUGGCCCUGCUUGAGUCAAUGCGAAGUAGCGGGUUGAUCGACCUUUUUAAGACGGGUCUGGCGUACGCUGUUUGCAAUGUCAUGAAAUCUAGGUUUUUC